AUGUCCGCCGAUUCGUUUGGCGCAGGCGGCAGCGAUGCCCAGCAGACGCUUCAGUCUUUCUGGCCUCGCGUCAUGGAGGAGAUCCGGAACCUGACUGUGAAGGACUUUCGCGUGCAGGAGUUGCCUCUAGCUCGAAUCAAGAAAAUCAUGAAGCUCGAUGAAGACGUGAAGAUGAUCAGCGCCGAGGCUCCCGUUUUGUUCGCCAAGGCGGCGCAGAUCUUCAUCACGGAGCUCACCCUCCGAGCAUGGAUCCACACGGAGGAUAACAAGCGGCGCACGCUACAGCGGAACGACAUUGCCAUGGCAAUAACCAAGUUUGACCAAUUUGACUUCCUCAUCGACAUUGUCCCAAGAGACGACCUGAAGCCCCCGAAACGACAGGAGGAGCUGCGUCAGACGGUGGCCCCGGCGGAGCCGGUGCAGUACUACUUCACCCUAGCGCAGCAGCCCGGCGCCGUUCAGGUGCAGGGUGCGCAGCAAGGCCAGCAGCCCGCCGCGCAAACGGCCACCACUAUCCAACCCGGGCAGAUCAUCAUCGCGCAACCGCAGCAAGGACAGAGCGCACCCGUGGCCAUGCAGGUGGGCGACCAGCAGGUGCAGAUCGUCCAGGCGGCCGGAGGGCAAACGCAGACGGGCCAGGCCCAGGGCCAGACCAUGCAGGUCAUGCAGCAGAUCAUCACCAACACAGGAGAGAUCCAGCAAAUUCCGGUGCAACUAAAUACAGGCCAGCUGCAGUACAUCCGCCUGGCCCAACCCGUGUCAGGUGCGCAAGUGGUGCAAGGACAGAUUCAGACCCUACCCAACACCCAGCAGAUCACGCAGACAGAAGUGCAACCAGGGCAGCAACAGUUCAAUCAGUUCACUGACGGACAGCAGCUGUAUCAGAUUCAGCAGGUGACGGUGCCGGCGGGUCAGGAUCUGAGCCAGCCCAUGUUCAUUCAGUCCACCAGCCAAACGGGAGAAACGCAGGUCACUCAAGUCACCAGUGACUGA